AUGCUACAAUAUAAAGUAAAGGAUAAGGUACAGCAAGAAGCUUUAUUAAAAAUUUUUUAUUUAGCAGGUUAUUUUAAUCAAACCAAAUUAUGGAAUGAUUUAUUAUUAUUUGAUAAAACAGGGCAUCGUGAGGAAAUAUAUAAUUCUAUUAUGCAAAGCUUGAAUAUCGCUAAUGCCGCACAGGAAGAUAUAAACCAAUUUAAUUCUAAAUUAUUACGGAAGAACUUAUUCAAAGAUAAUCCUAAAAUAGAAGUAGAAGAUGUAAAAGCUUGGAUAUUAUAUGUUGCACAAAACGCUUUUAACCGUAAAGCAGGUCAAGAACGUAAUGAACUGACUUCUCAAGGGUGGAUGGAUAAAAAUAAAGAACAAUAUAUUAACGCUGCUAAAGAAUUAGGUCUUAUUGAUGAAAUCUUACCUAAAGUACAAGAAUAUACCGAAGGAUGGAUUGCUGGUGCCUCGCGAAUUGGCUUAUUCGCACGUAUAAUUUAUUAUAAUAAAUUAAUAGAGCAAGUAAAAAUAAAAGGUGAUACUAUAGUCUUGGCAGGAGAAAGACCAUUAUGGGCUAAUCUUGAUGGCAUUAAUCCUAAGAUAUACCAAAAAUUAUUAGACGCUUAUAAUAAAAAGCUAGAUAUCAAUAACUUAGAUAUUGCUUUACCAAUAGGUGAAGAUGAUGAGCGUAUUAAAGAAGGUAAAGAAUAUAUAAGCUUAUUAGCUGAUAAAAACAAUAUUAAAUUAGACCCAGAUAAGCCAUUUAUUGAAUAUCAACAACCUCAAGAAUGUCCAAAAGGGCUUUUUCCUGGGAGAGUUUACCCUAAUUAUGCAAAUUCUCCAAGCAAAAAGCUGACUGAAAGCUUAAUGGGUAUGGAUUUAAUAAAUAGUUUUCUUAACAAUAAAGCUACUAUAAUAGAUACUGUAUCUAUAAAUCAUCAACGACCUAAUACUAUGAGUACUGCUCGUGAUGCUAUAAAGCCUUUGAUUAAAAAAAUUCUUAAUGGAGAAUUUGGCGAACAAAAAGAGUUUGAUAUUUUAUUGAUUAGUAACCAACCGUAUGUUAAACGGCAAGAAUUAGGUGCAGCUACCGCAAUAAAUGUCGAAUUAGAGCAGCAUCACAUAGAAGGAUAUAACAUUCAGGUAGUAGGGGUAGGUUUUAGUAAUAAACAAGAUAUUCCUACUAUACAUUCUGAAAUGGCUGCUUUAUUAGCAGAGCUAUAUAAACACCAUUAUCACCCAAUAAAGGCACCUAAUAAAUAUGUUAUUGAAGCACUAUUAUUCCAAACGCGUCCUUCCUAUCCAGAGGUAGAGUUUACACCGCCUGCAAUCAAAGAAAUAACUAUAAUAAGUCAAAUUAAAAUGAGCUUACAAAAUAUGUUCGAUAAUUAUACUGAUUAA